AACAAGUUAUAGUUGGUUAAUAAAUAAAACUUUGUCAUUUUCUUGAUGUAAAAAGAAGUAGCAUUGUGUAAGGUUAAGGAGUAGUAGACCUUGGUUGACCAGAAACGCGGAAUUAUAGGGAAAACCGAUGAGCAAAAAUAUACAGAAAAAUCGUUUAAUAAAAGUCAGAUUUGUUCAACAAUAACACAACCACUCUAGAUUCAUUCUUUCUCUUCGCCGCCGGCCGGCCACUCUUCCGAUUCCGGCCAACAAUUCACAGUUGUAACGAAUCUUCACUUCAAUUCCAUACCGAACAAUCUCAAUUCAACAUCAGUUGUGUCUAAUAUCUAGGGUUUGUAAGGAUCUGUAGAAUUAUGGAUAGGGUUUUUAAUAAAGUUCGGAACUUGGAUGCGUAUCCCAAAAUCAAUGAGGAUUUCUACAGCCGUACGCUUUCCGGCGGUGUUAUUACUCUCGUUGCUUCCAUCGCCAUGUUUCUUUUGUUCUGUUCUGAACUCGGGUUAUAUCUCCAUACAGUUACUGAAACAAAGCUUGUAGUUGACACUUCUAGAGGGGAAAAACUACAUAUUAAUUUUGAUAUCACAUUUCCGGCUGUUUCAUGUACUCUACUCAGUCUUGAUGCCAUGGAUAUCAGUGGAGAACAACAUCUUGACAUCAGACAUGAUAUAAUAAAGAAAAGAAUCGACUCCAAUGGCAAAGUCAUUGAAGAGAGAAAAGAAGGAAUCGGUGGCCCUCAGAUUGAGAAGCCUUUGCAAAGACAUGGUGGCAGGCUCGAGCAUAAUGAAACAUAUUGCGGUUCAUGCUUUGGUGCAGAAGCUUCAGAUGAUGAAUGCUGUAAUUCAUGUGAAGAAGUUCGUGAAGCAUAUCGAAGAAAAGGAUGGGGUUUGACCAAUCCCGAUUUGAUUGACCAGUGCAAACGGGAAGGUUUUGCUCAGAAGAUUAAAGACGAAGAAGGUGAAGGAUGCAACAUUUACGGGUCUCUAGAGGUUAAUAAAGUUGCGGGAAACUUUCACUUUGUCAAAAGCUUUCAUCAAUCAAGUAUUCACAUCCCUGAUUUAUUGACUUUUCAAGAGGAUAGUUAUAACAUAAGUCAUAAGAUAAAUAAAUUAUCAUUUGGAGACCACUAUCCCGGGAAAAAGAACCCUCUUGAUGGGGUGCAUUGGUUCCAAGAAAAUCCAAACGGGAUGUAUCAGUACUUUCUUAAGGUGGUACCGACCAUAUACACUAGUAUUAGAGGCUACACUAUUCAAUCAAAUCAGUUCUCUGUGACGGAACACUAUAAGAGCCCGGAAAUUGGCAGACGGUCUCUCCCUGGUGUCUUCUUUUUCUACGAUCUUUCUCCAAUUAAGGUGACGUUUACAGAAACACAUAUAUCGUUCUUACACUUCAUGACCAACGUUUGCGCCAUUGUUGGAGGUAUUUUCACAGUUGCAGGAAUUGUAGACUCGUUCGUUUACCAUGGUCACAAGGCUUUAAGAAAGAAGAUGGAAAUUGGAAAGCUGGGCUAAGUUUUCAGUAUUGUAGCAGUGAGAGGCGCAACUGGUUGAAAUUAAGAAUGUUGGCAGGCAAUUGCAGACGAUUUAUGUUCUUUUUGUUAGAAUUUUCAAGUUAUUUCUUAAAUUUUCGGUCAUGAUAAUUUGUAAUUUAGUGUCGUUUGACUAGUCGUCUGUAAUGCGCUGAACUCGGUGGUGGUUUGUGCUUGUUGGGUGUCGUGAGUCGAGCAGCAACCAUGGACCAUGAUAUGUUGACAGAAAACAGAUGUAUUACCAUUUUCACCUUUUUUUAAACCAUAGCUUAUUGACUUGAAA